GAUUGUUGUUCCCUAGGGGGUGGGGACGGAUGACGACGUGCUGAUUGAGAUCCUGGCGUCUAGGACCUGCGCUCAGAUUAAAGACAUUGUCAAAGUCUACAAGAAAGAGUGCGGUGGGAAGCUGGAGAAAGAUAUCACCGGUGACACCUCGGGCAACUUCCAAAAGCUUCUAAUAAUGCUUCUGCAGAGGAGUAAUGAUGAAGGGGUGGAUGACAACAGGAUUGAGAAAGAUGCAAUGGAACUGAUUGCUGCUGGCAAGGGGAAGGUUGGCACAGACGAAGAGAAAUUCAUCAACAUCCUGGGCAAUAGGAGCCAUGAACACCUUCGACUAGUGUUUGACGCCUACAAGAAGGUGUCUGGCAAUGAUAUUGAGGACAGCAUUGAGGGCGCGACUACUGGAAACCUGGAGAACUUAAUGCUGGCAGUUGUGAAGUGUGCUAAGAGUGUCCCAGCCUACUUUGCAGAGUCCCUCUACAGGUCUAUGAGGCGUGCUGGCACUGAUGACCAGACUCUGAUGAGAAUCAUGGUGUCCAGGGGUGAGACAGACAUGCUGGACAUCAGAGCCUGCUUUAAGAAGAUGUAUGGGGCCUCUCUUUACACCACCAUCCAGGAGGACACCACUGGGGACUACGGAAAGGCCCUGCUCUAUCUUUGUGGAGGAAAUGACUGAGGACUUUUUGAUGAUGUGGUACUGUAUGAUGAUGCGUGAUGGCGCCACAAUGAGCUACACCUGAUACUCUGUCCGUCAAUUAUAAUUCAUUAACGUUAGAUUUGAUCUUCUGUUCGACGAUUGGCUUAAGUUACCACUUCAUUGUACUGGCUAUGUAUCUUGAUUGUCCACAUUCAACACAUACUGAACUCAACACUGUGUGCCCUCUUUUCUCCCAUAUUGUUCAAAUAUUCCUUUAUUUGACUCUUAUGGUCAUGUGAAGCAAACUAUGUUUUGUUUUGGUUGUUUUUUGUCUAAUUUCAAGGAAUGAUGUGAGUAAUAUUGCUAUAUCCAUUUGUUUUUGUUAUUUUCUUUGUUACCUAAAUCAACACGCUAUCUUAUUCUAUCUUGAUUAAUGCCUUUAUGUGUCUGUGAGUUCGAAGUAUAAAGUUGCUGUUCAAUUAUUAAAAUGUUCAUGUCUACUA